AUUCAACAAAACAAAACAAAGACUUUAUACAUAAACAAAUCUCUCUCUUAAGAAAAAUUUUCUACAAACCUCAAAACAUUCUUCCUUCUUCUCCUCCUUAUUCUCUCUACGACUUUUAAAGACAGAACCCAGACGAUGGUUAUGAUCAUGAAGAUGUCUUUGUGGUCUCUUUCUUAAAUGAUUUGGUUUGGUCCAAAUCUCUUUCUCGUUUUCCAUUUAUUCUUUCCUUAUAGAGUCCAAUCACAAUCCUCUGUUUUUGGUCCCCUGUUUUGGUCUCUGUUUUUCAGAUUGGUCUAAAAAUCCAGAGAAUAGAAAAAAGAUUUGAUUUUUAUCACAAAUCUCGAUAAUAAUUCACAAAAUCCAGUUUUGUUUUCCCAAAAUCAAAUCAAAAAGUCAUUUUUUUUGUUCCCGUUUUACCCUUUUUGAUCAUGGGUUGUGCGAGUUCGAAGCAUCGUAAGCGUUGUCUCCAUUGCCGGAGAGGAUAUUCUCCUCCGGUGGAUGUACAGAGAAGUCACUCAGUGCAUCACGCAUCGCAAAACUCUGAAGAUAGUUGUCACAUGGUGGCUCUAAGUUCCUCAAGCCUUGGAUCUCUCAAGCUAUGUGAUUCUUCUUUUGGGCAUAAUCACAAACACUUGGCGGACUUUAGCGAGAAGCUUGUUUCUGGCGAAUCUGUGAAAACUGGAAAUGGGUUUGGUCCGAAUGUUGUCAGAGAGAAGUCAGAUAAAGAGAAAUCGAAUUUGGAAUUGCAAGCUAAGCUUAUGGAAGCAAAGGUAUGGUCAAGUAUGAUGAAUGAGAAGAUACCGAAGAUUGUACCGAAAACUCCCAUUGUUACGCCUCCUGGUGAGCCAGAAACGAUUAAUACUUGGGAAAUGAUGGAUGGUCUUGAAGAUGUUUUGAGUCCUUUACGAUCACCUAAUCAUGUUAAGAGUUUCUCGUUUGAUGUUGGUCCUAAUGGAGGUAAGUCUAAUGGUAGUGUUAAGCCGGUAUGGCUUCAAAUGGAGGAGGAAGAAGAAGGGUUUGAAGAUUUUGAUCCUGAGAUCAUUUCUUCGUUUAGGAAAUCGCUUCAAGAACUUCCUUCUGAUCAUCCGUUUCACAUUUCGAACCACGAUUUCGAAUUGAAACCGCGGUUCAAUUUCUCUGAUGAGGAAAAGGAGGAGGAGGAACAAAGUGUUGGUAAAGAGAGAGUGAUACUUUACUUUACAAGUCUUAGAGGUAUAAGGAAGACUUAUGAAGAAAGCUGUGAUGUUCGGGUUAUACUAAAAAGCCUCGGGAUUAGAGUGGAUGAGCGAGAUGUGUCGAUGCAUUCGGGUUUCAAAGACGAGUUGAAGGAGCUACUAGGGGAAAAGUUUAACAAAGGUGUUGGGAUUACUUUACCUAGAGUUUUCUUGGGAAGGAAGUAUAUUGGGGGAGCAGAGGAGAUUCGGAAGUUAAACGAAGAUGGGAAGCUUGAGAAGCUUCUUGGAGGGUGUGAGAGGGUGGAAGAAAACCAAAAUGGUAAUGGUCUAGAAUGUGAAGCUUGUGGAGAUGUAAGGUUUGUGCCGUGUGAGACAUGUUCAGGGAGCUGCAAAGUGUACUAUGAAUAUGAAGAUGAUGAUGAUGAUGAUGAUGAAGGUGAUGAUGAUGAAAGUGUUAAGGAAGAAAGAGAGUAUGGGUUUCAAACAUGUCCUGAUUGUAAUGAGAAUGGUCUCAUUAGAUGUCCUGUUUGUUGUGAUUAGUUGUUUGAACAUACACACAAGAAAAGGGAACCUUAAAAUUGUUCUUUUUUUUUGUUUUGUUUACUAAAUUUGAGUUAUGAGUGCUUGAGGGUUUUAUUGCCUCUUAAGUUUUUGUUGUACAUAAAGAGGUCUUUGAUUGUGAAAGUGUAAAAUUGAAACUAGGAAGUGGUGUUGUCUUUUGUUUGAAAGUCUUCUAUUCUUGCUUUAUAUUUGGGUUGACUCAUACAUAUAUUUAAAAGCAGUGUGUAUUGACCGUGUGUAUUGACCGGAGAAAAGGAGAAAUUGUCAAAACUCUUUAAGGGGAUUGUAUUGGAUUCAAGAUUUUAGAUAA